AUGACUGAUCCUUAUUCCAAUUUCUUCACAGACUGGUUCAAGUCCAAUCCUUUUCACCAUUACCCUAAUUCCUCCACUAACCCUUCUCCUGCUCCUGCUCCUCCCUCCUCCUUCUUCUUCUUCCCUCACUCCGGCGAUCUCCGCCGUCCACCACCGCCUCCACUAACCCCUCCUCCUUCUCCUCCUCUCCGUGAAGCCCUUCCUCUCCUCAGCCUCAGCCCCGCCAAUAAACAACAAGACCACCACCACAACCAUGACCAUCUAAUUCAAGAACCACCUUCAACAUCCAUGGAUGUUGAAUACGAUCAUCAUCACCAUCAAGAUGAUCAGAAUCUCGAUGACGAUGAGCAUGACGUCACCGUUGCUCUUCACAUAGGCCUUCCAAGCCCUAGUGCUCAAGAGAUGGCCUCUUUGCUCAUGAUGUCUUCUUCCUCCUCUACCUCGAGAACCACCCAUCAUCAUGAGAACAUGAAUCACAAGAAAGAUCUCGAUAACGACAGCUACCCUCACGGCACCGCCGGAGGAGGAGAAGAUGACGAUGAAGAUUCAGUCGGUGGCGACGGCGGAUGUAGAAUCAGCAGACUCAACAAGGGUCAAUAUUGGAUCCCUACACCUUCUCAGAUUCUCAUUGGCCCUACUCAGUUCUCCUGUCCUGUUUGCUUCAAAACCUUCAACAGAUACAACAACAUGCAGAUGCAUAUGUGGGGACAUGGAUCACAAUACAGAAAAGGACCUGAAUCUCUAAGGGGAACGCAGCCGACAGGAAUGCUGAGGCUUCCGUGCUAUUGCUGCGCACCGGGAUGUCGCAACAACAUUGACCAUCCAAGGGCAAAACCUCUCAAAGACUUCAGAACACUUCAAACACAUUACAAAAGGAAACAUGGGAUCAAACCCUUCAUGUGUAGGAAAUGUGGAAAGGCCUUUGCUGUCAGAGGCGAUUGGAGAACACAUGAGAAGAAUUGUGGUAAGCUUUGGUAUUGCAUUUGUGGAUCUGAUUUCAAACACAAGAGAUCUCUCAAAGAUCAUAUCAAGGCUUUUGGAAAUGGCCAUGGUGCUUAUGGCAUCGAUGGGUUUGAUGAAGAAGACGAGCCUGCCUCUGAGGUAGAACAAUUAGACAAUGAUCAUGAGUCAAUGCAGUCUAAAUAG